CCACCACCGACGUGUGGAUGUACAGCGAGCGCAGGUUGGUGUUUGCCCCGGCGGCGGAGCCACACGGCCGAUUUAUCACGUCUCCGUCACAGCCUGGCCGCCGCCUCCUGCUGACGGCACAGACACCGACGAGAGACAGCGCGGUGUGCUCCUCAUGCGUCUGUCCAGCCACCAUGCAGUGCUCCUGGAAAUCCAUGGUGCUGCUAGCAUUAGCCUCCAUAGCGAUACAGUACACGGCCAUGCGCACAUUCUCCACCAAGCCUCUGAGCCUGCUGUGCUCCAUGGGCCUGGCCACCGCACGCUACUCCGUCAACUGCAGCAUCGACCUGACACGAGCCAGCCAGCGGGCGCCGGGGGGCUCGGACCGAGGGUUGGACAAAAUGGCCUCCCGCCCUCCCGCCUCGCCACCCUCCUCCCUCCUGGCCCACAACGCCAGCAGGAGAACCCACAUCCUGAUUCUGGCCACCACGCGCAGUGGCUCCUCCUUCGUAGGUCAACUCUUCAAUCAGCAUCCAGAGGUGUUCUACCUCUUUGAGCCUCUCUACCACGUGCAGCUGGCGCUGCUGCCUCGACCGGCCCAGAGUCGCAGCGUGGUUGAGAGGAGGGUGAUGCUGGGAGCAGCCAGAGACCUGCUGAGGUCUCUGUACCACUGUCACCUCAACAGCCUGGAGAGCUACAUACGACCCCGUCCGGCCAACCACUCCACCGACAAGCUGUUCAGGCGCGGGGCAAGCCAGUCUCUGUGCUCCCCCCCUGUAUGUGAGGCUCCUUUAGGCCCAGAAGAGCAGAGUCUGGUGCUGUCCGACGAAGGGGAGUGUGUGAGGAGGUGUGGGCCGCUCAAUGUCCUGCUGGCGGUCGACGCCUGCAGAGCGAAGCGCCACACGGCCAUCAAAACAGUGCGGGUCCCCCAAAUCAGCGAUCUGAGAGUGUUGAUCGAGGACCCGAAACUCAACCUGAAGGUGGUGCAGCUCGUUCGAGACCCUCGAGGGAUCCUUGCGUCGCGCAUCGAGACUUUUCGAGACACCUACCGUCUGUGGCGUUUGUGGCGAUCGACUGGACACCGGCCCCACAACCUGGAUCUAGGACAGAUCAACACAGUGUGUGAAGACUUCCUGAGGUCUGUUUCCACAGGCCUGGCCAGACCUGCCUGGCUCAGAGGAAGGUACAUGAUUCUCAGGUAUGAAGACUUGGCCAGGUUUCCUCUGCAGAAGACCAGGGAGCUCUACAGCUUCCUUGGGCUGGUUCUGGAUCAUAACGUGGAGGAGUGGAUCAUCAACAACACCCGCGGCAGCACGGAUCAAACGUCUCGACAGAAGUUCACCACAGCCCGGGACUCGGCUGCUAAUGCAGAGAACUGGAGGACGAAGCUGUCCUUGGACAUGGUGGUUUACACACAGACUGCCUGCCAACCGCUGCUUGAGCUCCUCGGGUACAAGACCGUGUUCCAUCCCAGAGAGCUGCGGAAUCUGUCGCACUCCUUGGUCGAGGACAGGACGUUCCUCCCAAUGUUGUGAUCGCCACGAAUACCGUUACGAGUUACUCCCACAUUUUUUAAAUAAGCGACUGAAGUACAGUAUUUUAAGGACAAGUAGAAAUAAUGUAGUGAAAUCCAUUCAUGACGCCCCAACUUUCAUUGGACCAGAGGCAGAGAACACGCUGGACAGGCUUCCAGUCACCUUUGAGUAAUAUAGAAAUCUACUGUGUCUGAGAUGAAGUCAGCCUGGUUAGAAGCUCCUAUAAAAUCUCUCAUCCUGUGCUCUCUGACCAUUCGGGUUCUUUAGUCAUAGACCUGUCACAAACAGUGGGGUUUUCACAAUGCAUUACAGGAAAUGAGACUGAACAGCUGCUAAUGUUUGUUUGAAGGUUUGCUUGACAGUUUAUCAUCCUCACCUAACGUAUUUCAAGAAAUGAAGUUUUGACGUUUUAUGCCGUAUUGCCAUAAAUAACAAGCAAACGUGUUAUGAUAAAAAUGUCACUAAAUCAGACAUUAAAACAUCCUCAUGAGGAGACUUCAAGACAGAGCUAACCACUCGGCUCCCAAACUAAGACCCUCCAGCGUUAGUUUGGUUUCAUAAAGUUUGAAACUUUGAAAAAAGUAUUGAAAAAGUCUAUUUCACUACUGCUAUUGUGUAAGUUCCUAUUACAGAAAACAAUUAAAUUCAUGGGUUUCAGGAGCAGAAGGAUUUAAUUUAGUUUAAGUCAUUUGCAAAUAAAGUGCAUUCAACCAAGAGAAUAAAUUCAGAAUGUGGUCCCUCCUACCAUGAACAA